UCGAGAGUGUUGUCCGCGUGACCAACGGCCGCCGAACACAUAAUUUAAUAUAACAAUAAACAAUAAUUAACAUAAUCAUCAUCGCCAUUAUUCCUAUUAUUAUAAUUGUUAUUAUUUUAACUAUCACUGUACCUAUAAUAUUAUCAUCGUAAUUAUUACAUAGAGCCACGCGAGUGUUAAAUCGUGCGUGCACGCAUGUCAAUUUUAGACGUUAAAGUAUACAAUUUUAUAUUCGCGUAUAGGAGUCCGAAAUAUUCGAUAUUCGUCUGUAUUAUUGUUUUUUGUCAAUUUUAUUUUUCACUCAACUAUGAUCUUUGGGUACUCGUUGAUUUUCGUCUGUGCGUUGAUCGCGUAUUGCUGUGGAGAUAUCAGUAGCACGCAAAUUCUGUGUAAAAACAAUUUAGACUUUUGUCUGAAAAACGUGUCCGUCCUUUUGGAACGCACUGGUCAAGUCGGUAUUCCGAAAUCGAAGGCUGAUGUGGAUAUUGUUUGCAAAGGGUUCAAAAUGGGAAUGAAAUGCUUCGAUGAUUUUUCAAAUUUAUGUCUAUCAUUAGAUGAAAAAAAUAUGGUCAACGACAACGUAAUUGGAGCCAAAUAUACAUUCAAAUUUUUAUGCGAUGAUGAAACAUUUCAAAGAGACUUUCUGAAAUAUACAGAUUGUUACCAAGUGAUGAACUCGGACUGGGACGAGUGCACCGCGAAAUUCAUGUCAUUGGUACGCGAAGAGAUGAACGGCAACCAGUCGGAGGAUGCUAAAGUGCUGAAUCUAUGUUGUGCAAAACAUGGUUUUCUAAAUUGUGUAUAUACUACAAGUAAAAUCAAGUGUGGGAUGGAAGAAGCUUAUUUUAUAAGAAAAAUCGCUGACACAUUAUCUGAAAACAAAUUUGUGUCAUCAGCGUGUCGAAAUAUUGAAUUGGGACACUGUAACACAGCUCAACAUAUAGCGUACAGUGUAUUCACAUUAAUAAUUAAUUUAUUUAUAGUUAUAUGGUAUUAUAAAAUAUAAUGUAAAAAUAUUUUGUGACAAAAAUUAUU